AUGCAGACCCUUAGAAUGCUGGUCGCCAUGCUGGGGGCCUGUCUGGGCGUGCUGGCAGCAGCUGCAGCAGCCACAGGCUUUAACACGGCCCAGCAAGGGCUCUCCAACAUGCUGCCCUCCCACCAUCGACAGAAGAGAGCCUGGAUUUGGAACCAGAUGCACAUUGAUGAAGAGAAAAACAGCUCACUCCCCCACUAUGUGGGCAAGAUCUUGUCAAGUGUGAACCGCAAGAACGCCAAGUACCUGCUCAGAGGUGAUGCUGCUGGGAAGGUCUUCCAGGUGAGCGCAGACUCGGGCAUGGUGUAUGCCUUUGAGAGGCUGGACCGGGAGAAGAUAGCCCAGUAUCACCUCACUGCUUUCAUUGUGGACAAAGACACCAAUAAGGACCUGGAGCCUCCUUCCAACUUCACCAUCAAAGUCGAUGAUGUGAAUGACCACUGGCCUGUGUUUGCACAGCGACUGUUCAAUGCAUCUGUGCCUGAGAUGUCGCCUUCAGGGACCUUGGUCACCCGUGUGACAGCGGUGGAUGCAGAUGACCCUACUGUGGUGGAACACACCCUCGUCAUGUACCAAAUCAUAAAAGGAGAUGACAAAUUCAGCAUCGAUGAUUCUGGGAACAUUUUUACGAAAGUCUCCAACUUGGACCGAGAGAAACAGGCCAGAUACGAGAUAGUGGUGGGGACACAGGAUGCCCUGGGCCUCCGGGGUGACUCUGGGACGGCCACCGUGCUGAUCAUGCUGCAGGAUGUCAACGACAACUUCCCCAUCUUCACAAAAUCCAUGUACAACUUUGCCGUCCCCGAAGACAUCCGCGUGGGCAGCGCCCUGGGCUCUCUGUUUGUUGAGGACCCAGAUGAGCCCCAGAACCGGAAGACCAAGUACAGCAUUGUGCAGGGCGAGUACAGGAGCACCUUCACUAUCGAGAUGGACCCCAAACGUAACGAGGGCAUCAUCAAGCCCAUGAAGCCCUUAGACUACGAGCGCAUCAGACAAUACAGCUUCACCGUGGAGGCCACCGACCCCACCAUCAACCUCCGCUACCUGGGCAGCUCGCCCAUCAGAAACAUUGCUCGUGUCGUCAUCAAUGUCACCGACGUAGACGAGCCUCCUGUUUUCCAGCGGCCGUUCUACUACUUCCAGCUGGUCAUGCAGAUUUCAGCAAUCGACAAGGACAUCACACCUCCAGGUGUGAAGUUCAGAUUCUCCCUGGGCGUCGAGGACAGCAACUUCACCCUCACAGACAAUCACAACAACACAGCCAACAUCAUCGUCAAGUACGGGCAGUUUGAUCGCGAGCGUGCCAAGGUCCACAACCUGCCUGUGAUCAUCUCGGACAACGGGUGGCCCAGCCUCACGAGCACCAACAUGUUGGCCGUGGAGGUGUGCAAGUGUAACGAGUACGGAGAGUUCACUUACUGUGAGGAGGUGGCAGCCCAGGCGGGAGUCAGCAUCCAGGCGCUGGUGGCCAUCUUCCUCUGCAUCCUCACCAUCCUCGUGAUCACCCUGCUCAUCUUCCUGCGCCGGCGGCUGCAGAAGCAGGCGCGUGCCCACGGCAAGAGCGUGCCCGAGAUCCACGAGCAGCUGGUCAGCUACGACGAGGAGGGCGGUGGCGAGAUGGACACCACCAGCUACGACGUGUCGGUGCUCAACUCCGCGCGCCGCGGCGCCGGGGCCCCUCGCUCGCCCGAGGCGCGGCCGCCGCUCUACGCGCAGGUGCAGAAGCAGGCGCGGCGCGGGCCCGGCAUGCACCGCGCGCCGGGAGAGAUGGCGGCGGUGAUCGAGGAGAAGAAGGACGAGGCCGACCGCGAUGGCGCCGGGCCACCCUACGACACGCUGCACAUCUAUGGCUUCGAGGGCUCCGAGUCCAUCGCCGAGUCGCUCAGCACCCUGAGCACCGACUCCUCCAGCUCCGACGUCGAUUACGACUUCCUCAACGACUGGGGCCCCCGGUUCAAGAUGCUGGCGGAGCUGUACGGCUCAGACCCCCGGGAGGUGCUGUAUUAG